AUGAUGUUCCUUUCGCUCCUUUGGUCGCUUCUCUUCCUGCCUUCGAUCGUCUUGGCCGCCUUCGGCUGGACUGACAACGGCUCCGAGUAUGUCAUCGACAGCGGCGCCGACUUGGUUAUCAAGGUCACCAAGUGUUGCGGUGACAUCUCCUCGCUCAAAUUCAAGGGCGUCGAGUACAACGGCUGGGGCGGCAAGAACAGCCACGUCGAGUCCGGGCUGGGAGCCAGCACCGUAAGCAUCGCGAGCUACAGCAACGUUAUCAAGGUUUCGGUCGUCCACGGCACACUCAGGCACUGGAUAUUCGUCCGUUAUGGAAACAACAACGUCUACCUCUUCACAAAUAAGGCCGACAACUCCAUCUCCGCCAUGCGUUACAUAGUCCGCAUCAAGGGCGGAUUGUUCUCGCACGCCGCAACCGAAAGUGAUUUCUACGACGGCGGCAGCAGCAUCAUCGAGGCCCAAGACAUCAACGUCAACAGCGCCGGGCUGACCAAGAGCAAGCACUACCAGGGCUCCAACUACGGCCGUUCUACCGGCUCGACGCAUGUAACCCUUCUCCGUGCUAACACACAACACAAGGCCUCGGGCGGCCCCUUUUUCAGAUCCCUGGUGCGUCGCGCCGACCCCACCGGCGAGGACUUGUAUGACAUCUACUAUUACAACAUGGGUCACACCGACCCCAUGCGCACCGGUCUCCAGGGCCCCUCGGUCCUGGCCUUCACUUCCGGCGAGGAUCCCAACAGCAAUCUCUUCGCUCGCAAGGCGGACUGGUCCUGGUUUGAUGACAAGGGCCUUAAUGGUUGGGUCCCUGCUUCUGGCCGCGGCUACGCUUCUGGCGUUGGUCUCGCCAACAUGAAGUCCGGCAAGACCUACGUCGUCGGUCUGUCAAACUCCGUUGCGCAGUAUUGGGGAACCGCGGGCGCCGGCGGCGCCUGGUCCAUCGCCAAGGUCAUACCCGGCACCUACACCCUGACUGUCUACAAGGACGAGCUUGAGGUCGCAACCUCGUCCGUCACCAUCAAGGCCGGCGCCGGCACUGCCGUCAACACCAUUACUUGUGUCGACCCACAGGAUGAUGCUACCAUUUGGCGCAUCGGCGAGUGGGAUGGAACCCCCAAGGGCUUCUUGAACUUCGAGGAUACCCCCCUGAAGCUUACUUACAUGCACCCCUCGGACAGCCGCAUCUCCACCUGGAACGCCGGAAACUUCAUUGUCGGCACACACGGCGCGAAUCGCUUCCCCGGCUACAUGUGGAAGGAGGUCAACAGUGGCUACAUCAUCUACUUCAAGCUCACGGCCGACCAGCUUAAGUCGGGCCACACGGUGCGCAUCGGCCUCACCGAGGCCUACAUCGGCGGCCGCCCCGCCAUCAACGUCAACUCAUGGGCCUCGCCCCUGCCCGCCGCCACCACGCAGGCCAGCACCCGCUCGUUGACCGUCGGCACCUACCGGGGUAACAAUGUCAAGCUGACCUACGCCGUGCCCCAGUCCGCCUGGGUCCAGAGCACGAGCGAGUGGCAGGUCCUCACCAUCAACAUCAUCAGCGGCAGCUCCGGCACCAAGUUCCUCAGCCCCGGUGUCAGUUUCGACGCCCUCGAGCUUCUGCCUUGA